CAAUCUCCUCCCGGUUUUACGGUGCAGAUUUAGGUUAGUCGAUUGCAGCAUUGCAGCAGAUUGCAGAAUAGUAGGCAGACGUGUGCAAGUACUGCAAGUUUUAUUUUGUCGAGUUUAUUCAACGGAUCGAGUGUUUCGUGCUUUUAAAGCACGCGUGUAGUGUUGUCAUUGUAUUGAGUGUCUGCCCCGCAUUAGGCGGAAACAAAAGCGCAAAAAUGAGUAAUUCAACUAUUUCGGAUCAAUCGCUGAUGGACAAGUCGAUGCGAAGUGUCUUCGUCGGGAAUAUCCCGUACGAGGCUACGGAAGAGAAUCUGAAGGAUAUCUUCAGCGAGGUUGGACCUGUGCUUUCGUUUAAAUUAGUAUUUGAUCGCGAGACGGGUAAGCCCAAAGGAUAUGGCUUCUGUGAAUAUAAAGAUCAGGAAACAGCUCUAAGUGCCAUGAGAAAUUUAAAUGGAUAUGAGAUUGGUGGACGAACUUUACGCGUGGACAAUGCUUGCACAGAGAAAAGUCGUAUGGAGAUGCAAAGUCUACUACAGGGACAGAAUACAGAGAAUCCUUAUGGAGAAGCCGUUCAGUCGGAUAAGGCGCCAGAGGCAAUAAGCAAAGCCGUGGCGUCUCUGCCACCGGAGCAGAUGUUCGAACUGAUGAAACAGAUGAAACUCUGUGUGCAAAACAAUCCGAACGAGGCGCGUCAGAUGCUUCUGCAGAAUCCACAGCUGGCGUACGCCCUGCUUCAAGCACAAGUGGUCAUGAGGAUAGUGGAUCCACAUACAGCUGUCAGUAUGUUGCACAAGGCCAAUCCCAUUCCGAGUGUAUUAACGCCGUCCGAGAAGCCGAUCCCGCAGGUACAGCCGCGAAUCGAGGAACCAUGGGCGCCACGACCUCCGCCACCUGUCAAUGCUCCAGCGCCCAUUUUCGCAGGUCAGGACGUAGAUCUUCGACUGAACAGACAGAUAAAUCCGCGUGUAGCUAUGGAUCAAGAUUCGAGAGGAUCACUGGACAAGGAAUUUAAAUUUGACAUUCAAUCCGUAAAAACAGGUCAGGACAUAGAUCUCCGACUAGACAGACAGAUAGAUCCGCGUGUAGCUAGAAUGGAUCAGGACUUGAGAGGAUCGCCACAAACGCAGCCCGCGCCGGUUAGUGCGCCCUCGGUGAUGCCGGCUACUGCCGAUCCAAGAGGGGCAAACGCGUUUAAUAUUACGGACAACAUUCUUCCUGUGGAAGGAAUCGAGAGUUUCUAUCGCGAUCCGAGGUCUGAUAGAUUCAACAGAGAUUCGAGAGAACUUAGAGAUUCCCGGAUACCCAUCGAUCCUAGGAUUACCAAAUCUAAUCCGACUCCAGUUGCGCCGCCGAUCGUUCCGAGACCGGUUGCUGCACCAACUGUGCCAGCAUCAAGUGUUGUAACUAACAAUACAACUGGCUCCUCUGCAACCGUGCUUUCGCAGCCCGCAAGUUCUGCAACUACGAGACUAGUGGCCGGAAUGUCUCCAGCGGGAAAUAUUCCCAGCGGCGCAUCUGAUCAGGAAAAGGCGGCUUUAAUAAUGCAAGUGUUGCAAUUGUCAGACGAGCAAAUUGCAAUGCUUCCGCCUGAGCAGAGACAAAGUAUCCUAGUACUAAAGGAACAGAUUGCGAAGAGUACACAACGUUAGUGUAAGAAAGACAAUUAUAUAAAAUAUUUCUUAUACAAUAACAUAUGUGAUGUAUUUCUAUAAAAUGAGAUUUUACAAUAAGAUUUUAACGCUUGUCUUAGAAACUCAUAACCUUUUUUAUACGUAUAAAAAAUGAACUAUCCAUGGUUAUGAA